AACACGAAUGUGUCACUAAGGCCAUACCUUGCCUCUCUUUUCUUUCAGGUGCCUCUAGGAAAGGGGAGACGCUGUGUUAUCUUAGCAGAUGGAUUCUAUGAGUGGCAGCGAUGUCACGGAACAAACCAGAGACAGGCGUACUUCAUCUAUUUCCCCCAGAUCAAGACGGAACAGCCAGGCAGCAGUGAGGCUGCAGGCAGUGCUGAGGAUUGGGAGAGCGUCUGGGACAACUGGAGGCCGCUGACAAUGGCAGGGAUCUUUGACUGCUGGGAGCCGCCCGAAGGAGGAGACCUGCUGUAUUCCUACACCAUCAUCACCGUGGAUUCCUGCAAAAGCUUGCAUGACGUCCACCACAGGAUGCCUGCCAUUCUGGACGGUGAGGAGGCCGUGUCCAGGUGGCUGGACUUCGGGGACGUCCCCAUGCAGGAGGCGCUGAAGCUGAUCCGCCCCACAGAGAACAUCACCUUCCACCCCGUCUCCCCUGUCGUCAACAACUCGAGGAACAACACCCCUGAGUGUCUGACUCCCCUCCACUUGGUGGUCAGAAAGGAACCCAAGGUUAGCGGCAGCAGCCAGAAGAUGAUGCAGUGGCUGGCCACAAAGUCACCCAAAAAGGAAGACCAAGAGACACCCCUAAAGGAUGAGACCAACACACCCCAGUGGUCCAGCCAGUUCCUGCAGAAGAGCCCGCUGCCCGCCAAGAGAGGUGGUGCGGGCCUACUGGUUCGAUGGCUGAAGCAGGAGGAGGAGGAGGAGGUGCCCGCGGCCAAGCGGCCUCACAGUCAGUAGCCGGCCCCGGCCCUGGACACUUCAGGGGUGUGUUCGCGUGGGAGGUGGUAGCACUGGCUAGAUGACAGUUGCAGCUCACCAGGAAAGCAGCCACUUUGGCCUUGAGCAGCAGCUGUGGGCAUCGGGAAGAGGGGCUGCCUGCUGCCCGUGUCUGAGGGGCCGGAGCCCUCAGCCUACCCUGCUGCUCCCACAGGGCUGUUGCCUGCACAGCCGAGGGAGCAAGCCCAGCAUGUGGGCUUGGCUUGACUUUGGUUUCCCUUGAAGUGUAAAAAUUAUUUUUCAGAAAUGUCAAGACAAUCACGUAAAAAAGGGAAAAUGUUAUCCUCCACUUGUCCUAGAAAUAAGGAAGGCAUAAAAUUGCUUUUUUAAUUAUGGAAGUUGGAAGUUUAGCAUCAGCAUCCAAAGUAAACAACAACAGACAUUUACCGUGCAGUUUGGAUUAGUUUGAUUGGGGUUUCCCAGAGGGGUUAAGACUAUUUCUUCUGUCAGUUCCCAUCACCAAAACAAUAAAAAGCAGCAAAAAGUAAACCAAGCGGUGGCUGAGACAUGGGAGGAUGCCACCUGUAGUGUGUCUAGGCCACGUGGGGCGGCCCUUGCUGGGGACAUGCACUGCCCUUCCCUGCAGCAGAAGUCAGGCUUCUCUGUUCCGCUCAGGAAUUGCUUUCCUUAUUUAUCUUCUUUUUACUUCUUGGGGCUUGCAGAAGAGCACCCCUUAUUAUGUAGCACAAAGUAUAUACUGUCACAAUCUUAUUUGUUACUCCUUUUACUAAAAUAGUUCAAAUCAGUGUUUUUAACCACACUAUCAGAAAGCUCUGUUUCUCUGCACAAAUUGAAGCGGUGUGCCAAAAGGCCAGAGCGGGCAGGAGGGGUGGCUGCACCACUGUCAUCUGCAGACGAGUGUCACUGCCCGUCCAGGACCCAGACCAGAUGUUCCAGUCUGUUCCUAGAAAGCAGCACAGAUACUGUGCACCCCCCCCCACUAUGAGAAAUAGGCACCUCUGCCGUUCUGCAGCCAUACAUUUAUAGGAAUUUGUUUCUUUAAACAAAAAUCAGUAGUAAUGUAUUUUCUUCCUCAACAAGUUUCAAGGGGGAAAAAAAGGUCACUUUUUUCUUUCUCUGGUGUGUACCUAAUAAUUUUUGGGUAAAAAUGUCCCACUCUGGGCCAGGGA